CAAAAAAUUAAACACUUCAAACUGUUGUUACAAAGAGCUUUAAGAGUCUCAGUUUCAUCAAGUUUUUAUUGGAUUCAAAGCAAGAAUGUAUGAUACUGCUGGUCAGGUCAUACGCUGCAGAGCUGCUGUAGCUUGGGAAGCAGGGAAGCCACUGGUGGUUGAAGAAGUUGAGGUGGCACCCCCACAAGCAAAUGAAGUUCGCUUGAAGAUCCUUUUUACCUCUUUGUGCCACACUGAUGUCUACUUCUGGGAAGCCAAGGGACAAAACCCUUUAUUUCCCAGAAUUUAUGGUCAUGAGCAAGGAAGAAAAUAUUGGAUUGUGGAGAGUGUUGGUGAGGGCGUGACGGAUCUGAAAGCUGGCGACCAUGUCCUGCCGGUAUUCAUGGGGGAAUGCAAGGACUGCGCUCACUGCAAAUCAGAAGAGAGCAACAUGUGUGACCUCCUCAGGAUAAACACUGACAGGGGAGUGAUGCUCGGUGAUGGCAAAUCAAGAUUUUCAAUCAAAGGGAAGCCUAUCUUCCACUUUGUUGGGACAUCCACCUUCAGUGAGUACACUGUUGUUCAUGUUGGCUGCGUUGCCAAGAUCAAUCCCUCGGUGCCUCUAGACAAAGUCUGUCUCCUCAGUUGUGGAAUCUCCACAGGUCUCGGAGCUACUCUAAAUGUUGCAAAACCGAAAAGGGGAUCAACCGUGGCUGUUUUCGGAUUGGGAGCUGUAGGCCUUGCAGCUGCCGAAGGAGCCAGGUUGUCUGGUGCUUCAAGAAUUAUCGGUGUUGAUUUGAAUUCGAGCAAAUUUGAAGAAGCGAAAAAGUUUGGUGUGACGGAAUUCGUGAACCCAAAAAAGCACAAAAAACCAGUUCAAGAGGUGAUUGCUGAUCUGACGAAAGGAGGAGUGGACAGAAGCAUUGAAUGUACAGGAAGUGUUGAAGCCAUGAUAUCUGCAUUUGAAUGUGUCCAUGAUGGUUGGGGUGUUGCUGUUCUUGUGGGAGUCCCACACAAAGAAGCCGUCUUCAAGAUGCAUCUGGUUAACUUUCUAACUGAGAGGACUCUCAAGGGUACAUUCUACGGAAACUACAAGCCUCGAACGGACAUUCCCUCUGUUGUGGAGAAGUACAUGAACAAGGAACUGGAGCUAGAGAAAUCCAUCACCCACGAAGUCCCGUUCUCAGAAAUCAACAAGGCUUUUGAGUACAUGCUUAAAGGGGAAAGUCUACGUUGCCUAAACCACAUGGAGGAAUGA